ACUCCAUAGAAAAUAAUAAUAAAAAAAACCCAACAAAACCCAACCCUGAUGAUGAUGAUAAAAUUUCAGAGUCCAUUCAAAAGCAUCUAGCGGUUUGGAUUUGGCCCACAGUCUGCCUAUUGACUACCCCUGGGAGUGGGCCUUCAGCCUGGCAUUUUAACAGGAGGAGGAGCUUGUCAGGUGGAAAGUGCCCAGCCCCUGCAUAGGGGUUGAGGAAAUGCUUAGGCACCAAGUGGGGCUUAUGGUGGUUGGCAGGGCAAAUACUUUUCCAGUGCUGCAGGUUCCCCCUACCCUCUCACACUUUUGAGUGUGCCACAGAGCGUUGCUAAGUAGACCUGCACCCCUGGACUGUGGGGUGAGAGGGACAGUGCAGGUCGGCGGUGGGAGCUGGGAGUGGUGACUGUCUACUUCCUGGGGCAGCCCAGCAGGGGAUUCUAGCAGAGCCAGUGGCUUUCCCCCUGCGCAGCUGCUUCUGGAAUCACCAUUCCUUGGAUUUCACUGGUUUGGGUCCUCUGGACUCUCUGGCCCUCAGUGAGAAUUUUGACCCCAGCCUGAAAGGGUCACAGGUAAGGGAGGCUGUUUUCAGGCCCCCUAUGGAGGGAGGACACUUAAAUGACUCCACCUGGUUGGUUGUGCUUGGGGGUUCUGAGGAAGGGGGUGUCUGAGAGAGGCUCAGAGGUUGCCAAUGUGCUGAGUCAGCAUGACAGGCUUGGAAAAACCAUGCUCUGGACCCAGCCUGCUGCCUGCCAGGCUAUUUUUAAAUAUGUGGCUUCCUUGUACUCUGACUCCUCCCAGUGUUUCUAAUCUCCCCCCCACCCCCUUUCCCUCUCCAGCCACUGCCAGCACUUGGCUUAAGUCUUCACAGGCGCUCGGGUGAGGAAGGAGAGAGAUGAGGAGCAGCAGCUUCUGCUGAGGGGCAGGAUCAGUUGCUUAUCCUGACUGACAAGGCUCUCGUGUUAUGACGACCCCCAACAAAGGAAACAAAGCCUUAAAGGUGAAGCGGGAGCCGGGCGAGAAUGGGACCAGCUUGACAGAUGAGGAGCUGGUGACCAUGUCUGUGCGUGAGCUGAACCAGCAUCUACGGGGCCUGUCCAAGGAGGAGAUCAUCCAGCUGAAGCAGCGUCGGCGCACGCUGAAGAACCGAGGCUACGCGGCUAGCUGUCGUGUCAAGCGUGUCACCCAGAAGGAGGAACUGGAGAAGCAGAAGGCAGAGCUGCAGCAAGAGGUGGAGAAGCUGGCCUCUGAGAAUGCUAGCAUGAAAAUGGAACUCGAUGCCCUCCGCUCCAAGUAUGAGGCGCUCCAGAACUUCGCCAGAACCGUGGCCCGGAGCCCUGUGGCCCCUGCACGGGGCCCUAUCACCUCCAGCAUGGGGCCCCUCAUCCCUGGCAAAGUUGCCACCACCAGUGUCAUCACAAUAGUGAAAUCCAAAACGGACGCCCGGUCUUAGUAAAGCAAUGCUGCCUGGGCUUCUCUGUGCAGGGCAGUUAGGCGCAAAGCUAACCUGGAAUCCCCAAAGCACAAACCCCUUUCCUGUUGGGUCAGGACUCCCUCCUCUCUGCUCGGGACUGGCCUGCUGAUCACUCCAUUUUUGUGUUUUGUUUUGUUCAGAUUGAUAUGUCCAGUGGUGACACCCCCCCAUCCUGUGCAAACAGAGCCUCCCACCUUUGGGUCUACAGCCCUCUGGGGCAUCCUUGGGAUAGAGACUGUGAAAGACCUUGGUGUUCUAGCCAAAGAAAUUCUGCACAGCAUGGAGGAAGGUGUGUGCUUGAGGCCCACGACACUUCUCAGUGGGUAGGGGAUGGGAGGGCAGAGGAGGCUCUGUGGCAGGGAGUUGGGAUUUCUGGUUUCAGUCACUUCCGAAGGAUUUAUUCCAUUAUACUUCCAAGUGGCAUAUCUCGGUGUCUGUUUGCCAGGUGCCCAAAUCUGCUGCUUCUGUCUCGCUUGGUAUCAGUGAUUGCUGUGGGGGGUAGUUUGUGUAACUGAGUUUAACUUCUAGACAUGCUGCCUGUGUCCCAAAGGCAGGUUUCCUUGUGACUUUCACUGCACCAGCCACACACAUGCAGUAAUGGAAGAGAGGAAAUUGCAGUUCCCUGGUGUGUCUGCUCUGGAGAUGGAGGGUGGGGGACGAUGGGGACAUUGUGGGGGGCCAGCAAUGGUGGGAGGAGAAGAUACCAUAGUGACUGAAGGCCAGUUUUGUGCCUAACAUGUUGCACUGAACAAGACCAAAAUCACUAGUUUUUUCCCAUCUAUUGAGGGUAUCAAGUGUGUCUAGUGUGAUGGUUUACACAACCAGUUUGUGGUUAAAUAGUCCUUUUAUUUAAAGAGAGAAACAUUCAUUUUAAGAGUUAUUAAAUUAUCUAAGUUUAAAAUCAGACGGAAGAGAGCAUAUUUAUAGUCGGCUUUUUUACCUGAGCAGGCAGGAAUAUUUGACCAUAUAAAUGGAGAAAUAUUCUCUGUCUCUGCUAGCUGAAAAGUAAAUAAAGAAAAAUAAUUUUAAAGUUUCUCAUGAACCUCCUGCAAACUCUCUGUGGCUCUGAGGUUAGUUUUUAUAAAGAGUUAUCAGACUUUAUUUAUAAAAUUUAGAAAAAGACAAAAAAGAGGCAAGUCCUGUUUGAUAUCUUUUUUGCAAUUGUACCAAAAGUGACUUAUUCUUGAACUCGCUGGCUUCCUUCGUGUUCCCACUGUGUUGCGCUGUCCGUGCUCUCUGAGCUCUUGUGUGGCGCUGUGAUGUGAUGGUGCCAAUAGCUGCCUUUGCUGUCUGGAUGUCCUGUCUUCAUGCUGCCUUUGCUUUCCCAGGGAUUGACAUGGGGCACUGUCCUAGGCCUGCAGUAGAUCCUUGGCACAUAGGUAAGGUUGCUCCCCAACCAGUUGGGCCAAGAUCCAUCCUGACCUUUCUAAACGGAAGUCAGAACAACUUGAUGGGUGUGAACAGAUGGUGCCAUCUCUCCAGGAGCCUCUCCUUCUGCACUGUCCUUUUGUAUAGCCGAACAGCCUGUUUCCCUAGCUGGCAGCCACCCUCCUCAGAGGUACAGCUGCUGCUGGGGGCUGUUGCUAACCAGGUUGUUCUUGGUAGCUCUGUUACCUGAACAUGGCAGACUGUUGUAAGACUGUUUUCCCCCUACUCUUCAAGCAGGAAAGAUGGCAGGGAAAGUGAAGCAAUGGAGACUGAUCCAAGAGGUCAUGUUUAGGAGGAGACUAAUGGGAAAUAGCUCUGGGCUUUGGUUUCCUUUUAGAUCCUGCGGUAAGAACUUUUAAGUGCUCAUUAGAUGCUGGCCAUGAGCCUCAUUGUGCAUUUGAGCAGGGCAGGAAGUUGCAUCAGUCCUGGUGAUGUCCUCCUUUUCUUUCAACAGCAAGGGAGUCCUUGUGGCACCUUAGAGACUGACUAGUCUCUAAGGUGCCACAAGUCCUCCUUUUCUUUUUGCGGAUACAGACUAACACGGCUGCUACUCUUGCUUGCUGUUGAGUGUCUGCAUAGUACUGAAAGGGAAGCCAGGACAUAGUUGCUUUCUUUCCUCUCCAUCCAGCCUCCCCAGCUUCCUGGUGCAGCUUCUUCUAGGUGUGAUGUGUAUGCAAGGCUAUGCGAUGGAGCUAAGAUGCUAUCUGAGGUCUUGAUCCCUUGCCACAAACUGUUCCCCUGGCAGCUUCAGCUCAUUGCUGUUACCCCGAGGUGGCAGGACAGUGGGAGGAGACCAGCCUGACAGGGACACUGAGCUCCAUGUGGUGAUCUCUGGGUUGCUGGAUUCAGGCUGAGCGUAGGGGACAGAGUAUGCUGGUGCUGGGCUAGGCAGCUUAGGAGCCUGUUCAUAUUGCUGACCUUCUCUGGCUGGGCACAGAUUUCAUGCCCACCCCACUCAUGGGCAGAGAUUUUUGCUUUUUACUUAAAGCAGGUAGGCCUGCCAAAAGCCAAGCAUUCAGUAAGAAGAGGGAGGGCCAAGGACAGGUUGGAGUCUGAGCGCUCAGGGCAGAGCAAUAGUCCACUAUGGAGGAUUUUCCAUGAAGUCUCACCCUUACUCCAGAGCUUGAGGGAUUUUUCUGCUUUGCUUUGCUCUGGGAUCCAGGAGGAAGCCGUUGGGGUCGAACUUCCCAGUGAGUUGCAUUGGAUAGAGGAGAGGAUUGGGAUGUCUCCCACCUUCCCCAUGUUCCCCCUGCCAAGCCAUGGGGCUUUCUAUAGUCUCCAUUAUGAAAAAUAGGUGUCUUCAAUCUCUGGUCUCAGUCCCCAGGAACCUGCUGAGACUGUAACUCUUGAGAAGGGCUAGUGACCGUGGAGUGUGCAGUGCAGCUCCUUGGGAUUUAACUCCCCAGUUUUCUGGGUGUUGUUCAACUGCAGAACCCUGAAAUGAGCCCAGAAUACCAAGUCCUAACUCCCCUGAGAACCAGCUUGAAAUUGGGUACCCCACAUGAAGCCGAGUGCAGAAGGCAGUUCUGAGCCAGCCUGGCAUGUCUGUCCUGCCUGGAAUGCAGGGGACACUGUUGCCAGGGGUAUAUAGGGAGCUGGGUGCUGUGCUCUAGCUCCGAGAGGGUUUGGUUUGAGGAGGCCCCAUCAGUGUUUGUGCAAGAGAAGGAGCAGGUGGUCAGAGAGAACCCUGUUAGUGGCUGCCAAUCCCUUUCCGUCCUACUCCAACCCUCAUCUAACAGCCUGGAACUUCUCUCCCUGACUGACAACAUCUCAUCCAUCAUCCGUUUUCAGAGGAGUCCUGGUAAAUGUGUUUACUGGGAGAGGAUGCUGUAGGGCUGGGUGCCGUGAGGGCUGGAGGAUGGAGAGAGCAGGCGGCAGACACUGACUCAGACAGAAUCUUUUCCUCUUGACAUUCUUUUAUUGUGCUUGUUAGUCUGUUAUCCUGAACAGCUCUCUGAUUGGCUGGGCAUAUUGAGUGACGUCACAUCUCUACAUAGAGGAUUUAGGCGCAAAGGCAGCGAAGCUGUGGUUGUGUGAUGUGGAGUAAUGAACUCGGUGCUGGGAGCCGGGACUUCUGGGUUCCCCUCUUGGCUCGGCCACUGGCUCCGUGUGUGACCUUAUGCAAGUUGCUUCCCUUCUUUGUGCUUGGUGCUCUGCCCUGUGUCAGUGACCGGCGUGUUGGAGGGGCUCUGGGCAGCUCCCUGUGGGCUGUGCUGUGCCCCAUGUCAGUGACCGGCGUGUUGGAGGGGCUCUGGGCAGCUCCCUGUGGGCUGUGCUGUGCCCCGCGUCAGUAGUUUUGGUUCUUUGGUUUUAGUGAAGUAUCAAAUCUGAAUACCUUCUUGCCCCUGUGUUCAGGGAAUCCCCUGUUUAUACUGAAGGGGGCACUCCCCCACCCACCCCAGCACCAGUCAGCUUCUUGUGUUUAUGGAUUGUCCCAGUGUGAGUCAGGCCCCCCAACCCUUCACUUGAUUUCUCUCUCUCUCUCUCUCAUAUAUAAGUGUUUCAGAGUGUGACUGUUCUUGUUUUCAAGGUGCUUGUUCAUUUGGUUUCCUGCUGUGAAGGGUGUUGUGUUUUCUUUCUCUGGUAUCUUUUUGACGCAGCGGGUGGGGUUUUUGCUCCUGGCCUGGCUGCAAAGCAAACCCGUGAAGUGUAUCCACCCUCGCACGGCUGGGUGUAGGCGUGGCUGUCCCACCCAGGGUGUGCACAGGGACUUGUGUAUGUUGUGGUGAAUUGUGUAAAGUGAUCUCUUGGCUUAGGCAACAUGAUGGAUAUUUCUCUUUCGGGAGAGGAAGAGGCAGACUGCAGUGUGCAGGCAGGAGCUAGGACUGCUCUGUGCGUGUUCAUGCAGGUGGGGAGGGGCGCGUAGAGCACUCUUCCCUUGGGUUGGCUGGUGUGUGUGCGUGAGAUCCUGGAUGGUUACCACCAUCCCUUUGUCUCUGGUAUGAAAUACAUGGGGGGGAGGAUUUGUGAAGAGCUGGGGGUGGCAUAUUUUUUCCAACCUUUUGUGAGCAGAGCCCCUCUUGCCCUCCCCCCACCACACCCCCAGUGGUCAGAGGGUAAUGGCUAGCUGGGGGCUGUGUUCUGUCCCUUCACAAGCCCACAGGGAGGACAUCGCUGGGAGGGGACUGGUCCUUUUGCUUACAGACGCCUUCCUGAAUGAAGCUCCGUGCUUCAAGCUGUGGUUUUUCUGGCAGGAACAAACACUAACGCUCUCACCUCAGAGGAAGGUUCCCUUCCUGCCAGGGUACGCUGCUGCCUCCCACCAUAGUAAAGGGAAGGGUGGGGACCUGUGGGUACACUGUGACUUCCCUCCCCACUCAGAUAUGAGGAGGUCGUGCUGGGCCCCUUUCAGCUGCAGGGCUGGCAGGUGUUAAGGGGCAGCCUGGCUGGGGCAGUAUUCUCUUCUUAGUCGGUGGCGUUGCUCCCUGUGGGAGUAAGGAGCAGUCAGGUUGGCUGCCUGGGGUGCAUGAGUGAGCUUUGGAUGCUUGUGUAUGAUACCUCUGGCUACAGCCUGUGUGAAUGAUUCUGCAGCCCCAGUUCCUUCCUGAGGCAGCCACGUGAACCACUCCCCAGUGGAGGGCAGUAUUGUGCUGCCAUGAAUUCAGAGUACAAUGGUGGGGCAGCGGGAGUGGAGUCCGUGCCCUAUUCCAAGGGGAGAAGGAACUACCAAACUGCUGAGCCCUGCCUGAAGUGUGACCUCACUGCAGUCUGCCGGAGUUUAUUACACCCUUGGCCAAACUGGAAUGUUGUUGGAGAAAUAACAUCCUGAGCACGAAGUGACAGGACAAGGGCGCCUUGGCCGCUGCCCAGGCUAUGGUGCCCUGCAGUGUCAAUAUUGGCUUGUGUCAAACAUGAGGACUGGGCCUGCAAGGCUCAGUUCUGAAUCAUGUAUUUGCUUCUUUUCAGUUUUAAAAGGACUCUAAAAUGGUAAAAAAAAAAAAAAAAAAAAAAAAAUAUUUUAUUAAACAGAAUCUAAUUUGUAAAUAUAAAAAAUGACUAGAAAUGGGGGCGAGAUCUCUGACAGGGGUGUAAUAAAAUGUUCAGUGCAAGGCUUUUCUAUAACCAAGCCAAGCCCAGCUAAUCAUCAGUAUUUAUUACUAAAUUAUUGUCCUUUUUCAACCUGUAGAUCGGUAUCUGUUGAUAACUGUCGGGGAUUUGCUGUUGCGGCCCCGUUGGAGGUGUUGUUAAUUUAUUUCUGUAUAUAGUGUAUGUUUGUUCAUAUGAGGCUUUCUUUAUUUUGUAUAUGACCAAUAAACUUCUUUUAAAGAGA